CAUCAUUCUACUCGUGUCAAUAAACGUGGCAUAUGAGAAGGAAAUAGGGGCAAAAGUCUGGAUCACAACAGCUUUGCUAGAAAUCAGAACUGGCUAUUACAUCCCUCCAAAUUACUUCCAGCACCUCCAUGGUUCUCUGUCCUUUGCAAUUCAGACCGGAAUAAGGAGCAGCAAAGGUGACAACUAUAAAUUGCAGUCCAAUCUUGGGGAUUAUUUCAAUCAAGCAUUUCAGUGUUCAUAUUCAAAGCAUCUGUUGUCCAUGAAAGGCAGGAUAAGAUGCAGAAAGGAGGAGAAACUGGAGCCAUUGCCCCAAGAGGAGUAUGAUAGAGCCCUGUCUCUUGACAGCUAUAGCACUUACAUCAAUGUUCAAGCUGUGGCUCAGGCCUUGCAUGCUUCGCUUUCAUCUAGAUCCCAGAGGAGGCUGAUGGUGGAGGAAGGAGAGCAAUGGGGACCCCAAAGGCUACAGCCGUGGCAGCUUCACCCUUUCUUGAGAGAAAUCCGGUGUCUGAAUACUUCCAGAGGCAGGCUGUGCUUGGAUGAGAACUGGGAGCUCCCAGGAGACUUUGAUAUUAUCAACUGGGUGAUCUCUCCCAAUAAGUCUCAUGUCGUUGUGAAAAUUGGGAAUAUAAGGAGAGAGACAUCUGCUAGCAUAAAGUUCACCAUUAACCCAGAAGCCAUUGAGUGGCCCAAGAAAUUCAACAAGGCCGUGCCUCGUUCCAGGUGUACAGAGAGAUGUCGACCUGGAUAUGCCAAGGUGGUUCUAGAAGGAAAGCCCAUUUGCUGCUAUGCUUGUGCUCGGUGUGCGGAAGGGACCUUCUCCGCCCAGGAAGAUGCAGAACAUUGCACCAAAUGCCCAGAAGAUCACCAUUCAAACAAGGACAGAGAUCAAUGUGUCCCCAAGAUUACCACCUUCCUGACUUAUGGAGAAUAUUUAGGAAUGUUUUUAGCUUCUGUUGCCCUCUUCUUAUCUAUAACAGCAGGCAUCGUGUUGGGAAUCUUCAUUAAAUACAAGGAAACUCCCAUAGUCAAAGCCAACAACCGGGACCUCUCCUACAUCCUCCUCGUCUCCCUCCUGCUUUCCUUUUUGUCCUCCUUCCUCUUCAUCGGGCACCCAAGGAAAGAGACCUGCCUUCUCCGACAAACGGCCUUCAGCAUCAUCUUCUCUGUUGCUGUUUCUUCUGUCUUGGCAAAGACCAUCACGGUGGUGCUGGCCUUCCUGGCCACAAAGCCCGGGAACAGGGUGAGGAGAUGGCUGGGCAAGAGUCUGGCCAACUCCAUUGUCAUCUCCUGUUCUGGGGGGCAAGUUCUCAUCUGCACCAUCUGGCUGGGCUCUUCUCCUCCAUUCCCAGAGCCCAACAUGCGCUCCCAGGUGGAAGAGAUCAUCCUGCAAUGCAACGAAGGGUCUGUGGCCAUGUUUUACGUUGCCCUCGGCUACCUGGGCUUCUUGGCUGCCACCUGCUUCACGGUGGCUUUCCUAGCCAGGAAGCUGCCUGGCUCCUUCAACGAAGCCAAGCUGAUCACCUUCAGCAUGCUGGUCUUCUGCAGUGUUUGGGUGUCUUUUGUGCCCACCUACCUGAGCACCAAGGGCAAGUACAUGGUGGCCGUGCAGAUCUUCUCUAUGUUGGCCUCCAGUGCUGGGCUUCUGGGCUGCAUCUUCCUUCCCAAGUGCUACAUGAUUGUGCUGAGGCCUGAUCUGAACACAAAGGAGCACCUGACAACCAGAAAUUAAGGGAACAUCUGAUUCUUAAAAUAUUCCAUGUUCCUGAUGUCCAGAAGUGCCUAAAGGAAACACAGCUACUCAUCCAUGUUGCUCCUUCUCCACCUCUGAAAGAGAUUAUGUUCAUUCUUAGCCCAACUUUUAUGUAGUCCUGUUCACAUGAACAGGAAGAUGGAAGGAAAUGUUUUGCUACCUUG